AGAGGGCAGCACGUCAACACCACAAAAUUGAAAACGGGAAAUGUGCAGCUUGUUGGAACAAUAAUUUCGUAUAGAUAAAUGACAACUUGAAUAAUACAGACAUACAUUGUAGUUUAGGAGUUUACAAUGGGUGUCCUUCUUUCCAGAUUCAGAAAGAAGAAGUCUACCAUUGAAAUAUUAGAUGAUAUUGACAAGCAAAUUACCAGUUUGCAGCAGUUUCGCCGGCAGAACCAAGAAAGACAAAAGAAGUUUAUUGGACGUUUGAUAUUGUAUUCUAUUUUGAUGUAUAUUGGUGCAGCUCUGAUUUUCUACUUCUACUACUUUCCACCAACCUGGACAAAAAGGCUGAUAUAUUCAUCACCUCUGCUAAUAUUUCCAAUUCUGAUAUGGUUAUUGAAGAAAUUUCUUCAUUGGUAUUAUGUAAAAAGAAUCACAAAGAAUGAUCUUGCUUUAAAUGAACUACAGGAGGAUAAGAAAAAAAUUCUUGAAGAUGUUAUGGAAAAAGAAACUUACAAAAAAGCUAGAGAAAUACUACAAAAGUAUGAUCCUGCUAGAUUUAAACAACUAGAGACCCCAGGACCAUCACCACCAAAAGCAAGUGAGGGAUCAGUUUUACGACAGAGAAAUUUACCUCCCAAUGCCAAAGCCACACCACAGAUGAGACCAGCCACCCCUUUUCCAGCAAGACUUGGUACUCCUAGAUUGAGGAUGGAAACACCACAAUCAACACCUAGACAUCCCCAAAGUUCUGGAAUGAGACCAAGAGCUCUUGUCACUCCUCAGAUGAAUGGAAAUUAUGAUCAGGUUAGAGGACCACCUUUACCUAGACCAAUACUACCGCGUGAGAGGUCAGCAAUGGAUAAAGUGUUAGAAUACCUGGUUGGAGAUGGACCACAAAACAGAUAUGCCCUCAUAUGUAGAUUUUGCCAUUCUCAUAAUGGAAUGGCUUUAAAAGAAGAAUUUGAAUAUAUUAGUUUUAGGUGUUGCUACUGCUACCAGAUGAACAUGGCAAAGAAGCAGAGACCUUUUGCACCUAAAUUAGAAGUGCCUCCACCAUCAUCCAUGUCAGCUAGCUCUGGAAAUAAACUUGCGUUGUCAAGUACAAUCGAGGAGGGAAGUGAAAGUGACGAGGAAGAGGAAGAAGAUUCAGAGCAAGAUCAGGAUCCUAGUGAUGAAGAUAAAACAGGGAGUGCAGCCCCUGAUAACAGUAGAGACAGUGGUAUAUCUAAUGCAGAUAUAGAUAAGGGGAGACCAUCAGACAGUGAGGCACAAAAGGAUUGUCCUCAAGUGAAUGGUAUCAAUACAGAUGAAGAAUCUGAAAAAGAAGUCAGACCCAGUUGAUUGGUCUAUAGAGGAACCAGUUAUGGCAUCUAGUCACUUCAUAUCCUGUCCAGCAAUUAUACAUGCAAAUAUAGUGGUGUUAUCUUUCAGUUAUUUAUUACAAACAUAUGAAAAUAGUCCAUUAUGUAAUGAUAUAAUAAAUGCAUAGCAUUUGAAACAAUGUAGCUGUUCAUUAUGGUUCUGAUAUUUAGAAUGUAACAGUGUCUUGUGUAACAAGACAAUGUGGGUGAUAUUUUCAUUAUAACUAAUAUUGAGAACUAGUGUUAUUUUGUAAUUUAUAUUGAGAAUCAGAGUUGAUUUAUAAUAACUUUGUGCUAAGAAUGAUGGUUCACUAAUAACAUACUAAUAAAUUAUACCAGGUAAACUCUUGAUUGAAAUCUGUAUAUUAUUUAUGUGGUAUGAUUUUUAAGAAAUCAUGACAAAAUAAAAUACUUUAAUACUUUUUGUAUAAAUAUGAUAUUUAAUGCCUUCUAGAAAAUGGAUUAUAAAAACCAAAUAUGUUUAACACUCGUGACAUACCAAUCCUAUAUGUUUGUCCACAUCAUUGAAAUAAUAUUGUGUACUACGUAAUUCAAAGUCUGUCAUAUACAACUAUAGAUGGAAACAAUCAUCUUUCAUCAUUUUAAAACCUCAUAUUAAAACCUGUUUCAUGAAUGGUAAUGUAGUUUGUUUUUGCAGAGUUCAAAUUUUGUGAUUUAUAUGACUGAACCUGUUUUCCAGGUUUAAUACAAAAGUGUUUUUCCAUGCUGAUCCUGUUUUACCUUAACCCUUUCCUCCAUAAUGACGCCUUUUGACGCCACCCCCUUACUCCAUAAUACUUUAAAGCAUAUGUUCAGCAUUUUAUUAAAAAUAUCCUAUGCGAAUCAAGUAUGCAAAAAAAAAAAUUCAAUGGAGGAAAGGGUUAAUUAAAAGUCAAAUAAACAAAAGGGGAUACUUUCACCCCUUGGAAAUUUCCAAGUUACAGUAUACAUACAUCUAGUGCUCGAAUUUUUCAAACCUUUCAGAUUUAAAAUUGUUUAAGUUGUAUGUAUAAACCUAUUUGAUAAUACAUACCUUGAUUUUGAGCUUUUUGAAUAUAUGUAAAUUAUAUAUGUCUAACCUUUAACCUGACCAGUUUUUGAAACACAAGUCCCACCUUUAAUCCAUUUGGUGUGUCAUUUAAAGAAACAACAUGUGUUUGCUAAAACUGUGAUAUUUUAUAUAAUUCAGGGUUGAAUCUGUGAAAUUCCAACAUUUUAUUAUUGUAUAAUUUGUUUACAUUUUUGUGCACAAAAACUUAUGCAUAUCUGUUUGUAAAAUAUUAGGCAUAAUAUGGUUCAAACAUCAAUUGUACAUUAACUACGGCAAGAAAUUGUUGAUUGUAAUUGUAGAAUCAUAUGUCAAUUAUAAAUCAAGUAGCAAUUAAUUAUUUCCAUAAAUUCAUUAUAAAAACAUGUUUACAAAAUGAUAUUUGCUAUAUCCAGUAGAUAUUAUACUUUUUGGGACCAUGUGUAUGGUUUUAUAGUAGUUAAUAAUGAACAUACUUUUUUCAUUCAAGGCUAUCAAUGAAAUGAUUUUGAUUUACAGUGUGUGUUUUUAUGCCCCAUUUUUGGGCAUUAUGUUUCCUGGUCUGUGGGUCGGUUCGUUUGUCCGUCAGUUCGUUCGUCCAUCAAUCCAGCUUCAGGUUAAAGUUUUUGGCCGAGGUAGUUUUUGAUGGAAGUUGAAGUCCAAUCAAGUUGAAACUUCAGUACUCAUGUUCCUUAUGAUAUGGUCUGUUUAAUUUUCAUGCCAACUUAGAGAUUUUUCCCAUUUUCACGGUCUAUUGAACAUAGAAAAUGAUAGUGCGGAUGGGGCAUCCAUGUACUAGGGACACAUUCUUGUUUUCUUUAUUAAAAAUCAACUUUUGCCAUCAAAUUGGCUGGUCUAUCAUGACCUGUCCAGUCUGAUUUUUUGUCAUUUUAGGUAUGAAAAGUAUGAAUUUCUCCAUAAUGAAAUUGCUAAUAAUUUUUUUGUGUAAAAUUAGACUUAUCAUUAUCAAUUGUUCAUAUUAUAUAUAGUCUUUCUCUCACUCUCAAUGUAACAAUUUAACAUAUUCUUUAGAAACUCAUGCCACUAACAUUUCAUUUUUAACGUUACACAUUUACCAAAAUUUAUUUCGUGUGGAUUGACCUAAUUUUGAAUGUACAUUGUAGAUUACCAAUAUAACAAAUAGUUAUUUAUGUUUUUCCAUGACUAGGGAGAUUUGGUGCUGUUAAUAUUUAGUUUAUUUUGUUUUUGUCCCUAGUGCUGACCGAGUGCAAUUUAUCUUGUGUUCUAACCGUACUAUUUAUAAGUAUAAUGAAAGAAUUCCCAGGUAUAACCAAACUUCUCAGCAGGAUCUACAUGAUCUAUGCAUGUCAGUUAUAUUUAUUUUUGAUUUUUUACACAUACACAGUUCAUAUUAACAGAAUUAAACCUGGUGAUAACAAUUAAUUGUAAAAACAAUAUUCAUUGGUUAUUCCAUUAGAAUAUGAAGGAAAAGUUCAUAUUUGGACAAGGUUCAUUUAUGGUGGAAAGUCCAUUUGAUGAAUAUAAACUUACUCAAAGAAAAUAUAUUGGUUGUGGUGUGCUAAGAAAAUCCUGUCUUACCAUCCCUCAACCAUUUAAAAAGCCCUAAACACAUCUAAUGCUUAAAAAUGUGAAAUAAAACAGCAAAAAUAGGAAUCUUAGAUUCAGACCAAGAAAACCAGACUGCAUGACAAUUAUGUGUAAUAGUAAUGUCUGAAUGUUAAAUGGUUGUGUUUUUUCUGAAUUAUCUUGCAUGAAAAUUACGUGUGGAAUAAUUACAUAAGCAAUUUGAUAUAUGGUCUUGUUUUUUCUAUGCAAUGAAAUAUCCUAACUAUUUGUCCACUUGCUAUGCUUUGUGGUGAUGUAGUUAUUUGUCCACGAUUGUAGCUUGUAGCAUCACAUGUACCUUAGCUUGCUUUUAAUCAUGUUGUUUUGAAAGUAUGGCAGCUGUAA